UAAUUAGCCGACCCUAACACCCCUAGAAAGGUACGGAAAUUAAUCAAUUCCGAACCAAACAAACCAAAGGAAACAAAUUUGAUAAAUAGAAGGCUCUUGAGAACCCUAAUCCUACCUUCCUUCCUCCUCUACAAAACUUCCUCUCUCUCUCUCUCUCUCGCUCAAUAUAAAUCCCACCCCCUCCAGAAAGAAAACCCCAAACCAAUCUCUCUCUCUCUCUCCUCUCUUUCUCUCUGUUUUCUCUUCUCUUUAGGCCUACCAAAACGAGAAUCGAAGAUUCAAGCACCGCCGUUGUGAAUGGUGGAAAUCCCAAGCAGUAGCAAUUUCAUGCUCUCCCUUUUCCGGUCAGGGGCGAGCGCUGCUUUCGCUUUCGCUUUCGGAUCCUGCAAGGAAGGCUGGUACUACCGCUGCCUCGGCCUCGACCCCUAAAUCUCUCACACCCAUAUUCCAAUUUUUAUUUUUAUUUUUUAAUUUUCUUUUCUUUUUUUUUUCUCGUUCUCCAACCCCAGCUCCAUACCCCUUUCAAGCUUUCUUAGUUUUCGCCCUUGAUUCUUAAGAAUCCUCGUUUGGGUCGAAUUAUUUCUCUUAGAAUUUCUUGUUUUUUGGGGGUUUUCGACGAUGUUGCUGUACAAGCCGAAGAAGAAUCAGAACGCCAAGGGCAACAGGCUCUUGAUUAGCAUUACUGUGCUGGGGAGCGCCGGUCCGAUCCGCUUCGUUGUCAAUGAGCACGAGCUUGUCGCCGCCGUGAUCGACACCGCCCUCAAAUCCUACGCGCGUGAGGGUCGCCUUCCGGUUCUCGGGUCGAAUCUCAAUGAGUUCUUCCUCUACUGCCCCAAUGCUGGGCCUGAUGCUUUGAGUGCAUGGGACACAAUUGGAUCUCAAGGAGCUCGGAAUUUCAUGCUGUGCAAGAAGCCCCAGCCAGUGAAAUUGGCAGAAGAUGAUGAUGGAAGAUCGAUUCCCACAAUUGCUCGUAAGGGGAAUGGGAGUUGGAGGGCAUGGCUCAACAAGUCCCUCAAUCUCAAGAUUUCUUCCCAUUAAUCAUCUCCUCACUUAAUGGAGGAUUUACCAUUUGUUUCUUCUUUAGUUAUUUUUCUGGUUAUUUGAGUUUUGGUUAGCAUAAAUGGUGUCGUCUUGGAUAGUCAUGGACUGACCAUUGGUCGUUUACUUCUUGUUCUUUUUUUUUUCUUUUUUUUUCUGGUUUGUGUUGGAGAACAUUGCAAGUUGCAAGUGUCUUUUACUAAUAAAUUUCCUUAUUGAAGUUUUGUUUUUUGAGAUGAAA